AAAUUCUUCAAUUAUUAAAAAAAUUAAUUAAUUUUUUGAUUUUUUUUCUUCAAAUUUUAAGAUAUUUUGCAGUUAAUUUUAAAAGUUACAGCCCCAGAAUCCCUACAAGUGCUGGAGCAAGAAAAGAAAUUGGAAGAAGAAGAAGCGAAGAAUAAUUUAAAUUUUUUCAUAAUUCGAACUGAAAAUUUGAAUUUCUAAAUUAAAUUCUUCAGUUAUUUAGAAUAUAAACAAUUUAUUUUAAAUUUUCUUUACUUUUUAAUAUAUUUUGCAGUUAAUUUUGAAGGUUAGAGCCACCAGAAUCUAUGAAAUAGCAUCGUGAAGAGCUGGAGUGAGAGGAUAAAAUUGGGAGGAGCAAAGAAUAGUUUAAAUUUUUUCAUAAUAUUCGAAUAAUUCUUUUUAAUUUUUCGAUUUUUAUAAAAUGCAUCAUCCGGAUGAGGAAACAAAUGAUGAUGAGAAGGAGAGAUUUGUGGAUUCUUUGGAGUCUUCUUCGAUAGGUUCGUUAGAUUUGGACAUGGAAAAAAUCGAUUUUAACGAUUCGCAAGUGGUUCCUAUCAAUACAGAGCCGAUCAUAGUAGAAGAGGCAUUGAUCAGGGAGCAUGAUAAUAAGGAUAGUUGCAAAAUAAUCGAAGAAGAAGCUCUUAGUGUACAGGAUGAACGUCACAAUAUGGAUCCUUGUACGAACGAGCAAACUAAAGUGCAGAAAAAUAGCAGAAAUUUCGGCACAAACACUACACCUAACCUCUUAAGAUGCACUGAAGAUGAUGAUAAGAUAUCAUCUGAAAGAAUUAAAAACAUAAAGUUUGCCUACGUGGAAGGAAGUGAGGAAUUUCAAUACGAUAAUUACAAAUUUGUGCACAUUCAAGUUAACCCAAAUUCCGACAUUAAAGUAAUUUUAUGUAAAGAAUCGGAUAAAGAUAAGGAAGAAAACAAAGUAAAAUCCUUAUCUAAUUCUGAGAAAAUGGCUCCGAAAAUAGGGGAUGAUGUGAAGAAGCACCCCUCUCGUCUCGAGGAAUUUACAAAGAUACCAAAGAUAAUUCCAAAUUUUAUAAAUUUAAAUAAAUACCAAGGGUUUAAUUUUACGAAAAACAAGAUCUAUACACAAAUUGAUAAGAAUAAAAAGAGAAAAGAUAAAGAGGAGGAGGAUAACUCAAACAAGUAUUACGCUGUGAAAGAGGAAAGACUUGUCCCAAUCGAUGGAAAAAGUAAUUAUUCUAAGUUAAAGAAAUGGAAGUGUAAAACCUUUCCUGAAAGCUCCACGUGCCGAAAUUUAGAGCAAACAGGUUCAAUUUGGAAGCAGAAAGAAGCACACUGCUGUAAUUCUAGAAGACCUUACACAAGUGAAAAUGCUGAAUAUCGACAUUCAUGCUACGAAGAUAAGUCAUUCUCUCUUAUGAGAGACGACUGCUGGAUUGAAAGAUCAAAGUAUCUUCAGUGUUUAAAAAAUCCUGCAGAGAGCAAAUACUCCAGGAAACCCCCCGUAAAAAUUAGAAAUAUUCAAGAAUCUAUUGACUUAAAUUGCUGUGAUGAGAAUUCAGUUAAUGGAGUAAAAUAUGGAUCGUUAAUUCAGCGAAAAAGCUCUCAUUUUUACGAAAAUAAUUCAAACCUUUUUCCUGUCGGAGCAGGAAAGGAAAAGCAUCUUGUUGAAUUAGGUUCUCCUGGUUUUCUUCCCGAAAAAAAUCAUAAAAAUUCCCUAGAAAAAGAAUUAAUUCGUGAAAAUUUCCUAGAAAACAAAGAAAAGAAGUCAUCUAAGUGUUACACAAAUGGAUACAAGUGUUAUAAAAAAUUACCAAAAAUUUCUAACUUUAGAGAAGCAGCAAAAUGUGCAGAAGAAAGCAAAGAGCAAAAGAAACAAUUUUAUAAAUUAAGAAAGGAUUACGGAAAACGAGUCAACGAAAUAAAUUGUUGCAAAUAUCCAAAAUGAACGAA